AACUGUAACAAAACAAGUCGAGCCUUUGUAUCUGCUUAAAGGGGCCGCGGGCACUUCCCUCCUGUCCCCUCCACCCCCGCCCCGCAGCCGCGUCUCCAGGGCUCCCAGCAACUGGCUGGAAGGGCUUCCCUCGUCCUCAGGAACAGCCCGCCAGCGAGGAGAGGCGAGCCGGGCGGGAAGCAAAGAGGAGGCACCGCAUUUCUAAAAGGCAAGAAAGAAAGGAAGAGAGGGGGGAAAAAAAAUCACCGGAGAGGCGCAGAGUGGACUCUGGCCCGGGAGAGCACGGCCGGGCGCCGGAACGUGGACCGAGAGGCACCGGAAUGCAAACAAAGCUCGCGGGCGCCUGUGCAGGGCUCGCAGAGAAGCCCAGAAAGUUUGUUUUAUGAUGGCUUGAGUGCGCGAGUGUGUGCAGGGGAGCGAGGCUGCCAAGUUGCUCUCUCCCGUCUCGCUAUUUGGGGAGAGAUGUUUCUCCCAUGAACCCGCGGAGGCUUGGGGGCUUGUGCUGUGGGGGGCACCUGUCUCUCAUUUUACUCUAUUUUUUUUUUUUUUUUUGGGAGGAGUGGUUUAACUCAUCAUGUCGAAAGUGAUCCAGAAAAAGAACCACUGGACUAGCAGGGUUCACGAAUGCACCGUGAAGCGGGGACCCCAGGGCGAGCUGGGGGUGACGGUGCUGGGGGGCGCGGAGAAUGGAGAGUUUCCAUAUGUUGGAGCGGUGGCGACCGCAGAGGCGGCGGGGCUUCCCGGCGGUGGCGAGGGCCCGAAGCUGAGCGAGGGGGAGCUGCUUCUGGAGGUGCAGGGGAUCCGGGUGUCCGGUUUGCCCCGCUAUGACGUGCUGGGAGUCAUCGACAGUUGCAAGGAGGCCGUCACCUUCAAAGCCGUCAGACAAGGAGGAAGGCUCAACAAGGACCUGCGACAUUUUCUCAAUCAGCGAUUCCAGAAAGGGUCUCCUGAUCACGAGCUGCAGCAGACCAUAAGGGAUAACCUUUACCGCCAUGCUGUGCCUUGCACAACCCGAUCUCCGCGAGAAGGAGAAGUGCCUGGCGUGGAUUACAACUUUCUGACUGUGAAGGAGUUCUUGGACCUCGAGCAGAGCGGGACUCUUCUGGAAGUCGGCACCUAUGAAGGAAACUAUUAUGGGACACCCAAACCUCCCAGCCAGCCAGUCAGUGGGAAAGUGAUCACAACGGAUGCCUUGCAAAGCCUCCAGUCUGGCUCCAAGCAGGCGACCCCGAAGCGCACCAAGUCCUACAAUGACAUGCAAAAUGCUGGCAUAGUCCACGCGGAGAAUGAGGACGACGAUGACGUUCCUGAAAUGAACAGUAGCUUUACAGCCGAUUCUGGGGACCAGGCCGAACACCCUCUCCAAGAAGCAGCUCUUGCGCCUGUGAAUAGUAGCCUCGCCGCCGCUCCCAUCACGGACCCUUCUCAGAAGUUCCCUCAGCACCUACCUCUUUCCGCAGAGGAUAAUUUAGGUCCUCUGCCUCAAAACUGGGAGAUGGCCUAUACGGAAAAUGGAGAAGUCUACUUUAUAGACCAUAAUACAAAAACAACAUCUUGGUUAGACCCUCGGUGCCUGAACAAGCAGCAGAAGCCUCUAGAAGAGUGUGAAGAUGAUGAAGGGGUACACACCGAGGAGCUGGACAGUGAACUAGAACUGCCUGCUGGUUGGGAAAAGAUCGAAGAUCCUGUCUAUGGUGUCUACUAUGUAGACCACAUCAACAGGAAGACCCAGUAUGAGAACCCAGUUCUAGAAGCCAAACGGAAGAAGCAGCUGGAGCAGCAGCAGCAGCCACAGCAGCCCUCGCAGCAGCCGCCACCCCCAGAAGAGUGGACAGAAGAUCAUUCAUCCCUCGUGCCUCCUGUUAUUCCAAACCACCCCCCAAGCAAUCCGGAGCCAACCAGGGAAGCUCCACUUCAGGGCAAACCCUUUUUUACGCGAAACCCUUCUGAGUUGAAAGGCAAGUUCAUUCACACGAAGCUGCGGAAAAGCAGUCGUGGCUUCGGCUUCACGGUGGUCGGAGGGGACGAACCUGACGAGUUCCUCCAGAUCAAGAGCUUGGUCCUGGACGGUCCCGCCGCCCUGGAUGGCAAGAUGGAAACAGGCGACGUCAUCGUCAGCGUGAACGACACCUGUGUCCUGGGACACACGCAUGCGCAGGUUGUGAAAAUCUUCCAGUCCAUUCCCAUUGGUGCCAGCGUGGACCUUGAGCUCUGCCGAGGUUACCCAUUGCCUUUUGACCCGGAUGACCCCAAUACCAGUUUAGUGACCUCGGUGGCUAUUUUGGACAAAGAGCCCAUUAUCGUGAAUGGACAGGAGACCUACGACUCGCCCGCCAGCCACAGCAGUAAAACGGGCAAAGGCAGCGGCAUCAGGGACGCCCGGCCCAGCAGCCCGGCCGACGUGGUCUCCAGCGGCCCGCACGGUUAUCCCAACGACACGGUGUCCCUGGCCUCCUCCAUCGCCACGCAGCCGGAGCUCAUCACCGUGCACAUCGUCAAGGGGCCGAUGGGGUUUGGUUUUACCAUCGCGGACAGCCCGGGUGGCGGUGGCCAGAGAGUGAAACAGAUCGUGGACAGCCCCAGGUGCCGGGGCCUGAAGGAAGGGGACCUCAUCGUGGAGGUCAAUAAGAAGAACGUGCAGGCGCUGACUCACAACCAGGUGGUGGAUAUGCUGAUCGAGUGUCCCAAGGGGAGCGAGGUCACCCUGUUGGUGCAGCGAGGAGGGCUGCCAGUUCCCAAGAAGAGCCCAAAGUCGCAACCACUGGAAAGGAAAGACAGCCAGAAUAGUUCCCAGCACAGCGUUUCCAGCCACCGGAGCCUGCACACAGCCUCCCCAAGCCACAGCACGCAGGUACUUCCGGAGUACCCACCUGCGGAGGCUCCUGCCCCGGAUCAGACCGACAGCUCUGGGCAGAAGAAACCAGAUCCUUUUAAAAUCUGGGCCCAGUCCAGGAGCAUGUAUGAAAACCGACCUAUGUCACCUUCGCCUGCCUCGGGAUUGAGCAAGGGGGAAAGAGAGAGAGAAAUCAGUUCCACGAAUUUUGGAGAAUGUCAGAUUCCAGACUACCAGGAACAGGACAUCUUCCUCUGGAGAAAAGAGACCGGAUUCGGAUUUAGAAUUCUAGGUGGAAACGAGCCAGGGGAACCUAUUUAUAUUGGUCACAUCGUGCCACUGGGUGCUGCUGAUUCAGACGGCCGCCUGAGGUCUGGCGAUGAAUUAAUCUGUGUGGAUGGGACGCCAGUAAUUGGGAAAUCACACCAGCUCGUGGUCCAGCUUAUGCAACAAGCUGCCAAGCAAGGCCACGUCAAUCUCACAGUGCGGCGUAAAGUGGUGUUUGCUGUCCCCAAAACGGAGAACGAGGUGCCCUCGCCAGCCUCCUCUCACCACAGUAGCAACCAGCCUGCCUCGCUGACGGAGGAGAAGCGCACCCCGCAGGGCAGCCAGAACUCCCUCAACACCGUGAGCUCGGGCAGCGGCAGCACCAGCGGCAUUGGCAGCGGCGGCGGCGGCGGCAGCGGCGUGGUCAGCACCGUGGUCAGCACCGUGGUGCAGCCCUACGACGUGGAGAUCCGGCGCGGGGAGAACGAGGGUUUCGGCUUCGUCAUCGUGUCCUCGGUGAGCAGGCCCGAAGCAGGCACGACCUUCGCAGGCAAUGCAUGUGUAGCUAUGCCUCACAAAAUAGGUCGGAUUAUUGAGGGGAGUCCUGCUGACCGCUGUGGCAAGCUGAAAGUAGGAGACCGGAUCUUGGCAGUAAAUGGAUGUUCCAUCACCAACAAAUCCCAUUCAGACAUUGUCAACCUAAUCAAGGAAGCAGGAAACACAGUUACCCUCCGCAUCAUUCCCGGGGAUGAGUCCUCAAAUGCCACCUUGCUGACCAAUGCAGAGAAGAUUGCCACCAUCACCACCACACACACCCCUUCUCAGCAAGGGGCCCCGGAGACAAGGAACACCACCAAACCAAAGCCGGAAUCUCAGUUCGAGUUCAAAGCUCCCCAGGCCACCCAGGAGCAGGAUUUUUACACUGUGGAACUGGAAAGAGGAGCCAAGGGAUUUGGCUUCAGUCUUCGAGGGGGUCGAGAAUAUAACAUGGACCUCUAUGUUCUGCGCUUAGCAGAGGACGGUCCUGCAGAAAGAUGUGGAAAGAUGAGGAUUGGUGAUGAAAUUCUAGAAAUCAAUGGCGAGACCACCAAAAACAUGAAGCAUUCUCGGGCCAUUGAACUGAUUAAGAAUGGUGGCCGCAGAGUUCGUCUGUUUCUGAGGCGGGGAGACGGCUCAGUCCCAGAAUAUGACCCCAGCAGCGACCGGAACGGCCCCUCCGCCGGUGCACAAGGCUUUCCGGAAGUGAGGGCCGGACCGGAAGUGAGGGCCGGACCGUCCGGCCGCCAGCACCCAUCAUUGGAGUCCAGUUACCCACCCGACGUUCACAAAUCAUCACAACAUGGGGAAAAGCGGGCACACGUGAAAGAUCCAAAAGGCAGCAGAGAGUACAGCAGACAACCCAAUGAACACCACACCUGGAAUGGAACUUCUCGAAAACCCGACGGCGGGGCAUGCCGACCCAAGGACCGGGCGCCCGAGGGACGCAGAGACGCGCAGCCAGAGCGGAUGGCGACCAACGGACCCAAGAGGAGAUCCCCGGAGAAGCGCCGGGACGGCACCCGCAGCGCCGACAACACUCUGGAGAGGAGGGAGAAGCACGAGAAGAGGAGAGAGGCGUCUCCCGAGCGCAGACGAGAGCGGUCACCCACCCGCAGAAGGGACAGCUCGCCCAGCCGGCGGCGGCGGUCCCUCGAAAGACUCCUGGAUCCCAGAAGGUCCCCGGAGCGAAGGAGAGUGGCCUCGCCGGAGAGGAGGGCCAAGUCCACCGAUCGCAGGCGGGCCCGGUCCCCCGAGCGCAGGAGAGAGCGUUCGCUGGACAAAAGGAGCAGAGAGGACAGAGGCGGCCACCGCGAGCGCGAAGAGGCGAAUCUGAAGCAGGAAGCCGGCAGAAGUUCCAGAAAUCCCCCGGAGCAGAGGAGGCGACCUUAUAAAGAAUGUAGCACCGACCUCAGUAUCUGAGACUGAAUCGCAUUCCAACCUUUACCAUGUCAAAGGUUCUAAGAGGAAGGUCACAAACCUGAAAUAAUUUAGUUUCUUACCUUACGAAGCAUCUCUGACACCUGAUGAUCCUAUGAAUAGCUACAGACAUUUUAUGCAUUUGAAAUCUUAUAAGAAAAAAAAUUAUAUAUAUGAAAAAGUCUUGUGCCUGAUGUAUAAAUAUUAAAGAAAGUAUUUUUAAAUGCAUACUUUUUUGGAAAUUAUUUGCCAAAUACUGGCCCAAAGGGAUAUGAAUUUUCUUUCUACCUAAAGUGUAGAAUUGUCAAGAAUUGUUCCCUUUUUUUGGGCAAUCUUUUUCUCUCCUGUUUAAAUGGGGCGGUUGGUCAUGUUUCUCUUAAGUAUGGGAAAUUAUUAAGUUUAAUUAAUGAUAGAGACUGUUAUAUAGUGAUGUAGUGCUAUACUGUAGACAGGAGUUUUUCUUCAAAGCAAAAAGGCAGAGUUCUAUUUGUAAAAUCUGAGGACCUUUUGGGAUGGAUUAGGAUUGCCAGUGAUCCUAAAAUUAAGCAAACUGUAUGACAAGACUACUGUUGCAAAUGAAGGAUAUUUAUAGCUUUUUAAACUGCGCAGCACAAAGAAAUUUUUUGUCCUUGGGUUAUAAUUGAUUCAAAACAGUUUGUACUCUCCCUGGCCCAGAAGGCAUAGCAACAAGAAGAUUGGCCGCCAUUACCCAAAUACAGCCUAAGCACAGAUUGUCAGGUUCAUUAGCGUCUCCCCCAUGGAAUAAGAUCUCACUUAAGGCAGUGCCAUGGCAGCCUUGCUCAACUACUAGAAGGAACAGACAACAAACACCUGUGUUGUCUGGUGUGUGGUCUGAUUGAAGCUGAACAGUCGAUGGAAUAUAGGACAAUGUGCCCGGUAUGAGGGAGAGACAUAUAUCUCCCCAAUAUAAAACGUAUGCCCCCCCUUUUUUGCAUAAGCCCAUUAUUGCCCUUUGCCAACUUGGGGAGGAAGGACUGAAGUUUGGUGGAUGAAAUUCUCUUUUGAUGUUUAAAGUUGGGGCUGCUCAUUCAUCAAAAUGCCAAUUGCACUUUGAAACCACAAAGUUUUUAGGUUGGUGGAAGGGGAAGCCAGGAAGUGAUCCCAGUGGUUCUGGUUCUGUUUGGGAAACCUCUGCCCUCAUGACCCUGUCCUUUAGUCUUUGGACAGCAGAACAAAACAUUGAUUUUUCUUUUUAAAAAGACCCAUUCUUCUUGAACCCUCAGGUGGUGUGGUUGGGUCGGCUGUAGCCCCAGGAUGUGGUUUAAAUGGAUUACUGCCUAGCUGAGCCAAAACGUUUGCUUGUACCUGUUGGACCACUACAGCAAACCGCUGCUUACAGUGCAUUGUGUAUUUCUGUAGUACUGUUUUGCAUUUUCCGUACAGACACAAAACUUUGCAAGUCAAUCACUGUUGUUCCCAUGGUACUGUAUUGAAAAAAAGAAAAAGAAAAAAAAAAAAAAAAAAGAGAAAACCAGCCAAUCAUUGUGUGUACAGUUAAAAAUUG